AUGGCAACACAACGUAAAUCACCAUCGAGCGAGAGCAACGGUGUCUCUCCCGCGGACGAAAAGCCUACCACCAGUAUGCGUAUGCCGACGUCGUCGGCCCGGCAGUCGCCUUUCUUCCCCACGCGCCUCGAGGCCCAACUCAUCGCCAUCUACCCGCUCACGCUCCUGCUCGGCAGUGUAUUCAGCACGCUCUCGCCGUCGACGCGCAAUGCACCCUACUCGGCGAACCUGCAGUCGCACCCAGUCGAGUUUGCGCCGUCGUACUUUGCGCAAAAGAAAAACGUCUUCAAUGUGUACUUUGUCAAGGUCGGGUGGUUCUGGACGACGCUCGCGUUCGGCGUGUUUGUGGGUUUCCACCCGAGUUUCGGGCAGGGUGCCAGCGCGCGCAGAUUGAGGGCGCUGCUGCGAUACGGCGUGGUGACGACGUGGUGGUGCUUCCUGACGCAGUGGUGUUUUGGCCCGCCGCUGAUCGAUCGCGGCUUCAGGUUCACGGGCGGUCAGUGCGAGCUUCUCCGGGAUGCGGACGCGCGGGACGACAUGAGUAGCCCGCGGGAAUACAUCACGGCGGCAACGUGCAAGGCGGUGGGAGGCACGUGGAAGGGCGGCCACGACAUCUCGGGUCAUGUGUUUUUGCUCAUUCUGGGGUCUUCGCUGCUGUGGCUCGAGUUUUUGCCGGCGUUGACGCGCGUAGAGGGGCUAAGGGACGGCAGAUUGAUUACGCUUCCUGAUGGCAAGGUCGCGAGCGUGGCGGUGGAGAAGGAUCUCGCCAAGGCAGAGGGCGAGGCCACGGCUCGAGGCGUCAAGUUCGCGCUUGGUGUUGCGGCCUUGAUGUGGUGGAUGUUGCUUAUGACUGCGGCUUACUUUCACACAUGGUUUGAGAAGUUCACCGGGCUUCUUGUGGCAUUUGCGGGGCUAUGGACCGUCUAUUUCCUUCCUAGAGGCGUGCCGCAGCCGGCUAACGACAAACACGCAGCAAUCACAGCGAGCGGGACAAACUUCACCUUGACUGCCGAUGGCAUGUCAUACCUCUUCCACGUGGAUACGGCGACUGGAGAUCUGAUCUCGGACCAUUUUGGAGGACCAACCACCGACUUCACGCCGCCCGCUUUUGUCGAUCAGCGAGGAUGGGUUACCACACUCGGCGCCUAUCGCCGCGAAUUUCCUGACGUUGGCCGCGGUGACUUCCGCUUGCCUGCGAUCCACAUUGAGCAUGCAGACGGCGACACGGUAACGGCCCUGCGCUACCAGUCGCACGAGAUUUCCCAGGGUAAGCCUACGUUGCCGGGUCUGCCAGCCACUUAUGGAAGUGCGGGCAAUGUUACUACCGUGACGGUCCACCUCUACGACAAUGUCUCGGAUGUCUCGGCUGCGCUGCUGUACUCUGUUUUCCCAAAAUACAAUGCUAUUGCUCGCAGCUUUAGCAUCACAAACAAGGGAAACUCGACCAUUUCGAUUGAGCGAGCGGCGAGUUUCAGCACCGACUUCCCGAAUGUGGAGCUGGAAAUGAUCGAGCCGCAUGGCGAUUGGUCGCAUGAGUUCCAGACGGUGAGGAGGACGGUAGAUUAUGGCGAGACUACAUUCCGGAGUACCACGGGCUACUCGUCGCAUAUCCACAACCCUUUCUUCUCGCUUGUGUCGCCAACUACUACCGAGUCGACGGGAGAAGCAUGGGGAUUCAGCUUGAUUUGGACGGGAAGCUUUGCCGCGACAGCUCAACGCUUCUCCAACGGCUAUGUGCGCAUGCUCAUGGGCCUCAAUCCGCUACACGCCAGUAUUCCUGUAGCGCCGGGUGAGACUUUCCAAUCCCCCGAGGCCGUUGGUGUCUACUCGUCAGAAGGUCUCGGGGGCAUGUCGCGAUCUUUCCAUGACCUCUACCGUAACCAUCUCUCCCGCGCCAAGUUCACGGAUCAAACACGCCCAGUCCUGCUUAAUUCGUGGGAGGGUCUGGGGUUCAAGUUUAACGACACUUCGUUGGUCAAACUCGCUGGUGAAGCCGAAGAGCUUGGUAUUGAGCUUUUUGUCAUGGAUGACGGUUGGUUUGGCGUCGAAUACCCGCGUAACAACGACACUCUUGGUCUUGGUGACUGGACGCCCAACCCAGCAAAGUUCCCCCAGGGUCUCAGGCCAUUCAUCGACAAAGUGACUAGCAUGAAGGUGUUGAACGAGCCAAAGGCCAUGAAGUUCGGCAUCUGGGUUGAGCCAGAAAUGAUCAAUCCUAAUUCGACGCUGUACCACAAGCAUCCUGACUGGGUUCUGCAUGCGGGGAAGCACCAACGCACGCUAACACGCAACCAACUCGUUUUGAAUGUGGGGUUGCCAGAGGUGCAAGAUUUCAUGAUUAGCACCGUCUCUGGUAUCCUUGACUCGGGCAACAUUUCCUACGUCAAGUGGGACAACAACCGUGGCAUGCACGAGCUCUCCCACCCAUCAGACGACUACAAGUACAUGCUUGGACUCUACCGCGUCAUUGACAACCUGACAACGAGCUACCCGGACGUUCUUUUUGAGGGCUGCGCAUCAGGCGGCGGACGCUUCGACCCGGGCCUUCUCCACUACUGGUCUCAGUCUUGGACCUCGGACAACACGGACGCUUCGGACCGGCUGACCAUCCAGAUGGGGACAUCGCUCGUCUACCCCCCUUCAGCAAUGGGCUGCCACAUCUCAGCCGUGCCCAACCAACUGACUGGCCGCAACAUCAGCAUCGUGUACCGCGGGCACGUGGCCAUGAUGUGCGGCUCCUUUGGCCUAGAACUCAACCCAGAGGAGCUCUCACCCGAGGAAUCGGCAGCGCUUCCCUCCAUCAUGGCCGCCGCCAAAGCCGUCAACCCCAUUGUCAUCUCGGGCGCCUUUUACCGGCUCGCGCACCCCGCGCACUCCAACUGGCCCGCCGUGCAAUUCGUGAGUCGCGACCUGACGCAAAGCGCCGUCUUCGCCUUCCAGCAAUCCUACAGAGUCAAGCCUGCGGCCCCGCCGCUCCGCCUGCAGGGCCUCGACCCCAAAGCACGCUACACCAAUAAUUGGGACAAUGCCACGUACAGCGGCGCCACGUACAUGAACCACGGUCUCAAUGUCGCGUGGAAGUCGGGUGAUUACCAGAGUAAGCUCGUUUGGCUCGACAAGGUCUAA